AUGGCUUUGGCCGCUCUGGCAGUGUUAGCCCUGGCCACGCCCGCCCUCGCGGGCCGCACAUUGAAGGACGGCGUCACCAGCGCCGCGGCCAGCCCGCAACCUGAUGCGGUGCUCGGCUCCGCCACCGGCAUCCUGACCGGCGUCACCUCCAACCUGGGCGGCACCGUCACCAGUCUAGGCGGGUCCCUCACCAGCACCGUGAACAGCCUGCCCGUCGUCGGCCCCACUGUUGGCCCCACUGUUGGUGGCCUCCUUGGCCCUGUCACCAACACCGUCGGCGGCACCGUUGGCGGCCUCCUUGGCCCCGUCACCAAAACCGGUGGCGGUUUGACCACCGGCAGCCCCACCGGCGCCGCCACCGGCCUCCCCGCUGGGUUGACCAGCACCGGCCCCUUCGGCGUCCUUGGCCUGGUGAGGGAGUUGUUUGGCUAG